CGGACUCUAUCACGGGAUUUCCCUCCAGACAUCGUAAACAUUAUCGUGACAUAAACAAACUGUUCAAAAACAAUUAAACAAACGCAAUUUAUUUUUAACAAUCGUUGCGUGGUUUCAAAAUGAUCGUGCUGUAUUUUACGGAGGUUUCUGUAGUUCAAAACUCUUACGAUGUAUAAGAGGUUGGCGCGCUUACAUCGUUUUUGAUUAAGGGUCCAGCAUGGCCAUCAUCCAGUCAUGCUGCUGCUGGCGCAGCCUCCGGCGAGGGUGCUACGCCGCAGCGCUCUACACGAUGGUAUAUUUCUCUGUGACCAUAAUAACUAUGGGUCACUUCAUAGAGGUGGAACAGCGGUAUCUCAACGGCGACAUGACUGAGCCGGAGUCUGAGAGCUUCCUGGAACCAGAGAAGAUCACGCCAAUAACGGUGUCACUGAAUAUAACCCUGCUCGCCUGCAGCACGCUCGGUCUCAUAUCGUGUGUGUUACUCAUCUUUGGAGUUUACAAGGACAUAAAGUAUAUGCUGCUGCCGUGGGUUUUCUCUAUGGGUACAGAAACUCUUGUGGAGGUCAUCAACCUCAUCUACCUUUUCUACUUACAAACUCAAGCCGGGAUUGAGCUCAACUUCAACCCAAUAACAUCGUUCCUGUUUACUCUGGACUUCUUCAUUAUUGUCCUCAAUAUGUACGCGAUGGUGUGCGUCAUAUCUCAGUUCCAGGAGUACAUGGACGGGCGAGGGACCGCCGCGUUUGACUACUCAGAUAGGCUAGCUGCUGUCCAGUACACGGCGACAGCGCAGCAGACGACAACCACCAGCACAGCACAGAGCGGCAGAAGACGGUCUGCGCCCAAACCCACUCCCAGCAGGAUCGAUCCUGAGGAGUUCUCGGAGGCACCCACUAAAGUCAUUACGUCAGUACUGUCCAAGCCGAGUCGGUCGGCUGUGAAGAAACAUGUACAGUUCCCGGACGAGCAGAGCUGUAUCGAGGAGGCCACUGAAAUUCCAAUGGAAGAGGAGAAAUCCAGUUCCCGCGUGAUCAGCUCCCUGUGGAUGGAGCUGGAGUCCCAACCGGCACCGGAACGCUGACGGCGGCGCAGCGAGCAGUACUAUCGACCGGUAUCGCGCGCGCGCAUUGAGCGCCGCAAGAUGUCGGUGGUAGCGCCGCCCGCGCAUGAUGACUCUUUCCUGUAAAUUGGACGUGGACGU